AUGGCGAACGAGUGGCUUUUGCCGAUUGUUGAUUCGUUUAUGGAAGCUGAGCCCUCUAUGGAAGAUGAGGACGACAUAGAGAUCAUUAUUGCAAUUUGCAGUUUCAUGAGAAGGGAUCUCACAAGAAUUACUGGAUUUUUUCAAGAAACUGUCCCACAGUACUUCCSCAGCGAAUUCAAAAGUCACUUCAGAAUGAGUCGUACCACAAUGGAGAUCCUUUGCCAAGAAAUGAUAAAUACAGGCAAAAUACCUACUAACACUGUAAGAGGACGACCGGCGAUCCCUCCUGAGAAACAGAUUCUUGUCUUUGUUUGGUGCCUGGCCAACAAAGAAUGUGCUCGGUCAAUUUCUGAUCGAUUUGACAUAACCAUGAGUAGUGUUUCCAGAGUCUUGCACAGGGGUUCUAAGGCCCUGGUGGAUCUUUUACCUAAUUACAUUAAGUGGCCAAAUGACAGAAGAAUGGAUGCAAUACAAGAGGUGUUUAACGAAAGGGGAUUCCCUGGAGUUGUUGGUAUAAUCGAUGGGACACACAUUCGCAUUCGUGCACCUCUUGAAAAGCCAGAUGUAUAUGUCAAUCGUAAAAAAUUUCAUUCUAUCCAAGUACAGGCAAGAUAA